AUGAGCGGAGCAAUGAAGAAGACGGGCAACGGGAGGCGGAAGAUCGAGAUCAAGAGGAUUGAGAAGGAAGAAGAGCGGCAGGUGUGCUUCUCUAAACGCCGUGCCAGCCUCUUCAACAAGGCCAACGAGCUCUCCCACCUCUGCGGCGCCCAACUCGCCGUCGUCGUCUUCUCCCCUGGCGGCAAGCCCUUCUCCUACGGCCACCCCUCCGUCGACUCCAUCCUCGACCGCUUCUCUUGCCGGCCUUCUCCUCCUCCUAGCUGCCUUCUGCCACCGCACCCGUUCGGCAACCCCGUGAUUUGUUGGCUCAGAAUCAAUGAUUCGCACACACGCACAAAGCAAAGAAGAAAGAAAAGAGAAACACAGAGCAGUGCCUUCACAAAAAUAAACUUGCAGUGA